GGGAGAGAGAGAGGGGGAAGAGAGUGAGAGAGAGACUGAGACACUGGGCUCACAGGAAACAUUAGCACACUUGUUCUGUUAAAGGUGUGGAGUAAUCAAGCUAAAUUCAGCGGCAAGGGUUUAUAUGUGGAAAAAGGAUUCUUGCUAAGGAGUUCUGGGCUUGUCGAAAACUCAAUCAUAUACGGCUCGCAGGGGAACCAGAGCCUAUCCCCAAUUGGCAAUGGGCACAAGGCAGGGCCCACUGUGGAAAGGACACCAAUUCACCACAGACACACUCCCACCAGGGCCAGUUUUGCCAGAAGCACCCCCCAGCAUGUCUUUGGACCUUGGGAGGAAACCGGAGCACCCGGAAGAGACCAGCAAGAACACACGAACGCCACACAGCUAGCACCCCAGAUCUGAAGCCAGUGUACUGCCAGGCAGCAAUACUAACCACUGCACUGCCCGUGGAUUUUCCUGUCGUGUAACAAUUGGCUCAAGAGCUCCAAGAAGUCUGUCUUCUCACAAUUGUUUCGUGAUGGGUGGCGCCAGUCACCCAGAUCUUCUGAAAGCUGUACGGGUUUGACUGGGCGUGUGGCUACGAUGGAGGAGGUAGACAACUGCUCUACAGUGUGGAACAGCAACAUCAGUGUCUGCUGUCCGUUUUACGUCAACAGUCCAGAGGAUGGGCCAUGCCCAGGGCUCCAGUGUUACAUGGUCCUGGAGAAGAGGGAGAAGACCGUGAUUAGUACCAUCUGCUUCUUCGCUGGGCCUCUGACCUUCCUGGAGAAUGUGCUGGUUCUCUGCCUCAUCUUCUUCACCCCAGCGCUGCGGCGGAAGCCCUCCUACCUCUUCAUCAGCAGCUUGGCACUGGCCGACGUCUUCGCCAGCUUGUUCUUCACCAUCAGCUUCUUGGAUUUCCACCUCUUCGAGCGCACCGACAAUGCAGAAGUCUACCUGUUCAAGCUCGGCGGAGUCACCCUGUCUUUCACCUCCUCCGUGGGCAGCCUGCUCCUGACGGCCCUUGACCGCUAUAUCUGCAUGCACAGACCCUCCGAGUACAAGACCAUCCUGACCAGAAGGAGGGCCUUGGCCUGCCUCACCGCCCUUUGGAUGACCACCAUAUUCAUCGCCUUCCUCCCCCCCCUGGGCUGGAAUUGUAAGACAAUGGACCGUCCCUGCUCUCAGCUCUUCCCCUAUGUGGACCACAGCUACUUGGCCUGUUGGAUAAUUCUUGUGAUGUUCCUCCUGGUGCUCAUCAUCUAUGCCUACAUCCACAUCCUCUGGAAGGCCCACAAGCACGUGGUCUACAUGGCCAAGCACAGCAUCCGCCCGGGACACGUUCGAAUGAGGAUGGACAUCCGCCUGGCCAGGAUGUUCAGCCUGAUCUUGGCCAUCCUGGUCACCUGCUGGUUCCCAGUUCUGGCCUUCAUGAUCGUCGAUUUUUUCCACUGCCUGAGCAGGGAGCAGAAGAGGGCCUUUGCCUUCUGGAGCACCCUGUGUCUCGUCAACUCCAGCGUCAACCCGCUCAUCUAUGCCCUGCGGAGCAGGGACAUGCGCCGCGUGAUGCUGAAGGUCCUGAGUUGGUGCCGAGGGCAGAGAAGCUACAUGGAGGGCAGCCAGGAGUCAGAUAUGCAGCAGAAACCCUCCAACCAAGAGACCAUUUCAGAGCGGGUGGAGAAACAGAUAUAGACCACAUUAAAGAUUCUACGUGGCUUCCAAGACUGGGGUUGUGAUAAUCUGGUAUUAAUUAAGGUGAUAAUGGAGAAACAGUCAAAGACACGUCCCUUGUUUUUGUGUCAUAUGCAUCUGAAAGGGAGCCAUUGAGACAAUACAAAGAGAUCUGGCCCUGUCUGCUCGUUCUCAAAUUAGGAUUUUCAAAACAAGGGCAGAAGAUGAAAGUCCAACCUAUGACCCAGAGUUCCAGUUUGUGUUCUGCUUACCUGAUUGUGAUCCCAUAGCUACAGCACAGGUAACAGUGGGCUCCAAAAAAGACAGUAAACCAUUCAAUCACAUGCCAUCACAGACCAAACCAGUGGCACUCGACCACCAACAGUAACAUAUUCACUAAGUUAAUACUCCACCAAUUUUCAUAGAGUUAGAAGUGUUAGCACACUGUGUUUCAAGUUUGUUAAAUUAACAACUUCCAGCUUCCUAGGAUGAAACAGUGUUCAGAAAAGUUCGAAAAGAGAGUUGUUAAAUUAUUGUAAUUUAACGAGCAAUACUGAUUACACUUAAUUAUUUAGUGUCUGUAUUCACCUGCCUAUACUUGCUAUGCAAACAUACAGUUUAUUUUUCAUUCACUGGAGGUGAAUUAUUUUUCUUUUCUGUUGCUUCAGUUUUCA